AAGUAUUACUAAACCCACAACAGUAAAAAAUCAGUCCGUAUAUGCAGUAAAGCAUGCUUGUUAUACUCACUGUGAAACCUAAAGGGGUUGAUCCUCUGCAUUGUGUAAAAAAAGGUCAUUUGAUCCUGUUUUCUCUGCCCCUCCUCUUGUUCAGAUGUCCACCUGAUAAGACAGACUGACCCGUAGCCACAUGCACAUGAUCAGUUUAGUGUGUAUUGCUAGAGAGGUAUUUUUUCUUGGGAGAGUGCAUGUGAUUAGCAGAGGGCCAAUCAGCACUGUCCAGACAGAGGUCAGGGG